AUGAAGUACACAACCGUUCUUGUAGUCUUCUUUGUGGCUGCAGCUGCACACCCGUCCCUGCUCUCCCGGCAGCAGCAGCUGAAGAACGCGAAUGCUAUCCAGAUAGCAGCUGCUCAGGGUGCAGCGGCCCAACAGCAACAGGCCGCUGCUGGUCAACAACAGCAACAACAACAAGCCGCAGCUGCUCAACAGCAACAGGGUGCUGCCGGUAAGGAUGCGGCUGCUCAGGAAGAGGAUGCUGCUCAGGAAGACGCAGCAGCCCAAGAGGAUGCGGCCGCCCAGGACGCCGCCGUCGAGGACGUCGUCAACUCAUUCAACGCUCUAGAUGAGGCCCAGCAAGCCGAGGUCCUCGCCCAAGUUGCUCAGGCCAACGGACAAGCGGCCAACGAUCAAGCAGCAGAAGAAGAAGACGACGCCGCCGCCAAGGAGGCCGCGCAGCAAGCAGAGGACGAGAAGGCCCAGCAGAAUGAGCAGCAGCAAGACAAUAAGGACAACAACAACAACGAUAACAACAACAAUGACAACAAUAACAACAACAACAACAAUGAGGGCGGCGACCAGAACGCUGCCGUUAAAGCUAUCGCAGCAUCAGGUGGCAAGGCCGACGUCAAGGUCGACGGGUCAAAGUCAGAUGACAACAACGCCAACAUCAACGCGGUAGCACUGGACGAUGACUCGCUGGAUAUCGGAGACUUGAACCUGAACGUGGUGGCUACCAACGGGGCUAAGGUGAACGUGACGAUCGACGCUGGGUCGAUCGCAAAGUGGAUCAUGAACGGCGGUGCGGACUGCGCCGAAGGGUGGAAGGCUAUGAGGAUGGUUGCUACUCGGGGAUAUUGUUACCAGCAGGUUGCGGGUAAUGUUACAGCUUGA